ACCCCGCCGCCGCCGUCGCAUCGUCACGUCAGCAUCCCUCGCCGAGACAGACGGCAAAUAAAACCGCGCCUCCGCAGCGCCGCCCCGCAGAGCAGAGGAGAGAGAGAGAGAGAGAGAGGGAGGGAGGGCGGAAGAGAGAGAAGCGAGGCGGAGCGCCGGGAAGGAACGAAGAUGGCACUGACCGGAAACCACCACCACCACCUCCGCCUCUCUCCUCCUCUCCCCAGAACCCUAGCCCCCGCCAAGACCCCCGCUCUCUCCGCACCCCCGCCUCUCCGUCGCCGCCUCCUCGCCGCCGCCGCCGCCGCCCCGCCGGCGGGGCAGUUCCGGGUCGACGUCCUCUCCGAGUCCCUCCCCUUCAUCCAGAAGUUCCGGGGCAAGACCAUCGUCGUCAAGUACGGCGGCGCCGCCAUGAAGUCCGAGGCCCUCCGCGCCUCCGUCGUCAACGACCUCGUCCUCCUCGCCUGCGUGGGGCUCCGCCCCGUCCUCGUCCACGGCGGGGGCCCCGAGAUCAACUCCUGGCUCGGCCGCCUCGGCAUCGAGCCCGUGUUCCGCGACGGGCUCCGCGUCACCGACGCCUCCACCAUGGAGAUCGUCUCCAUGGUCCUCGUCGGGAAGGUGAACAAGCACCUGGUCUCGCUCAUCAACAAGGCGGGGGCCACCGCCGUCGGGCUCUCCGGCAUGGACGGCUGCCUACUCACCGCCCGCCCUGCCCCGAACGCUGCCCAAUUGGGGUUCGUCGGGGAGGUGGCCUCCGUCGACUCCUCCGUGCUUCGACCCCUCACGGACAGUGGCCACAUUCCCGUGAUCGCAUCUGUGGCGGCCGACAAGGAUGGGCAGCCAUAUAACAUCAAUGCCGACACAGUGGCAGGUGAGUUGGCAGCUGCAUUGGGUGCAGAGAAGCUGAUUUUGUUGACAGAUGUCGCGGGGAUUCUUCGAGACCGGAAUGAUCCCAGUAGCUUGGUGAAGGAGAUUGAUAUAAAGGGGGUGAAGAAGAUGAUAGAGGAGGGGUUGGUUGCGGGAGGGAUGAUUCCGAAGGUCAAUUGCUGUGUGAGGUCGUUGGCGCAGGGUGUGAGGACGACGAGUAUAAUUGAUGGAAGGGUCCCGCAUUCGUUGCUCCUCGAGAUCAUGACGGACGAAGGAGCUGGAACCAUGAUCACCGGCUAAAAGACAUGACAACGACGGUUAUCUUCAGGCUCGAAUGAAUUGCAAUUGAUGUUGCAAACAUCUGGGCAAAAUCUUCACUUCUUCUCAGUGGGGAAAGCAGAGGACAAUCAACAGUUCAUACUCCUAGAAUUUCGUGGGAGAAAACCUGUUGUAUUUGCUGUUUUGCAUUCAAAACGUUAUUAUGGAGAAAUUGGGUCCAAUUGCUUCCUUUUUUUUUUUUUUUGAUUGGAUCCUUCCCAGUAGUGGCCUUCGGAUUUAGAUUUAGAAGGGGAGCCUUGGGUGUUUGGAAAAUUUGAAGAGGGAUGACGAACUAUAAUCUUAUUUCAAAUUAUGCACACACAACAUGGAUGCUCACAUCCACCCACACAAAGGCACAUAGAGCCUUCCCUUCCCUUCUGGUUUUCUUUUAAUGAAAUGAGCAAAAGGAACUAACUUCUGUGGA